AAGGCCCAGGACAGUGGAAUCACAAUCGCACAAGAUUGAUUUAUAAAAACUCAAAAUCGAACCGGCCCAGAGAAGAAAGAAAGAAAGGCAUUUAGAAACCCUAGCGCUAACCCUUGGUAUUGAUAACCUCAGUCUCUACUUUUCUUAUCCUUUCUGCUUUUGCAGCUGCGAAGGAAGACGCAGACGAAAGAUGGUUUCGCUCAAGCUUCAGAAACGUUUGGCAGCCAGCGUCCUCAAGUGCGGCAGAGGAAAGGUCUGGCUAGAUCCAAAUGAAGUCAAUGAAAUCUCCAUGGCCAACUCUCGCCAGAACAUCAGGAAGCUGGUUAAGGAUGGUUUCAUAAUCAGAAAGCCAACCAAGAUUCAUUCUCGAUCUCGUGCAAGACGCAUGAAGGAAGCCAAAAGGAAGGGCCGCCACUCUGGAUAUGGUAAGCGUAAGGGUACAAGAGAAGCUAGGCUGCCAACUAAAAUUCUGUGGAUGAGGAGGAUGCGUGUUCUCAGGCGCUUGCUUCGCAAGUACCGGGAAGCAAAGAAGAUUGACAAACACAUGUAUCAUGACAUGUACAUGAAGGUGAAGGGUAAUGUCUUCAAGAAUAAGAGAGUUUUGAUGGAGAGUAUCCACAAGUCGAAGGCUGAAAAGGCAAGAGAAAAGACUUUGUCUGACCAGUUUGAGGCUAAAAGGGCAAAGAAUAAGGCUAGCAGGGAGAGAAAAUUUGCUAGGCGGGAGGAAAGACUAGCUCAGGGACCUGGAGGAGAUAAGCCAACAACAGCACCACCUGCUACUUCUACUGAGGUAUCAAAAAAAUCCAAGAAGUGAGAGUGCUCGUUAAGCAUUGAAGGAUAAAUCAAUAGAUAGCAUUUGUGCUCAGUUACUGUGGCAGAGUGGUUUUGUCGAAGCUAUGUUCCUUUUUGUUUCUUUUGGAUCUUGUUACUUAAAUAUUGUAGUUGAAAGGAGAUUUCUUGGUAUUUGCUUAAUUUGUACCUUCUGUUUCCCGACGGGAUUUAUUAAUUUUUCUUGGCUUAUUAGUUAUAACGUUCUUGUGGAGAAUUUCAAUGUCAGUUACCUUCAGAUGGUCCAGGAUUUUACAGAUUCUAGGUUUUUACCACGCAGAAUGGACUCUUAUCGGUUGGGGUUAAUUCAUAUAUUUAAGUUUAUUUAUUAAUGGUUUCA